CUCCCCCCCCCCCCUCCACCCCCCCCCUCCCCCCCCCCCCCCCCCCCCCCCCCCCCCCCCCCCCCCCCCCCCCCUCCCCCCCCCCCCCCCCCCCCCCCUCUCCCCCCCCCCCCACCCCCCCCCCCCCCCCCCCCCCCCCCUCCCCCCCCCCCCCCCCCCCCCCCCCCCCCCCCCCCCCCCCCCCCCCCCCCCCCCCCCCCCCCCCCCCCCCCCCCCUCCCCCCCCCCCCCCCCCCCCCCUCCCCCCACCCCCCCCCCCCCCCCUCCCCCCCCUCCCCCCCCCCCCCCCCCCCCCCCCCCCUCCCCCCCCCCCCCCCCCCCCCCCCCCCCCCCCCCCCCCCCCCCCCCCCCCCUCCCCCCCCCCCCCCCCCCCCCCCCCCCCCCCCUCCCCCCCCCCCCCCCCCCCCCCCCCCCCCCCCCCCUCCCCCCCCCCCCCCCCCCCCCCCCCCCCCCCCCCUCCCCCUCCCCCCCCCCCCUCCCCCCCCCCCCCCCCCCCCCCCCCCCCCACUCCCCCCCCCCCCCCCCCCACACCACCCCUCCACACCCCCCCCCCCCCCCCCCCCCCCUCCCCCCCCCCCCCCCCCCCCCCCCCCCCCCCACCCCCCCCCCCCCCCCCCCCCCCCCCCCCCCCCCCCCCCCCCCCUUCCCCCCCCCCCCCCCCCCCACACCCCCCCCCCCCCCUUCCCCCCCCCCCCCCCCCCCACCCCACCCCCCCCCCCCCCCCCCCCCCCUCCCCCCCCCCCCCCCCCCUCCCCCCUCCCUCCCUCCCCCACCCCCCCCCCCCCCCCCCCCCCCCCACCCCCCCCCCCCCCCC